UUUGUCCUUCACCCAGAUGGUCCAGCGGGCGGCACGGUGGGCAGGUCCGCCCUUCGGCCCCCGGGGUCCCGGUCUGCGGCCCCUCGCCCCCCACCGGGCCGGUCCCCCUCGCCCUCCCCGGCCAACAAGCCGUCUCCACCGGAGCACCGUCCCUCCCACCGGCCCUCGCUGCCCGACAUCUCCCGCCCCCCCAACAACACCAACAGCUCGUCCACAGGCGGCGGGAUGAAGCACAGCACCUCUGCCCCGCCGCCUCCUCCACCCUUCAACAGAGGAGGCCGCAGCAACGCUCCGCCCGCCCCGACUCAGAAAGCACAAGCUCCACCCGCCUCGUCCUCGUCAUACAGCAGAGACAAGCCCCUCCCACCGAUGCCCAGCAGAGGCCCGACCCCUCCCAGCUCCGUGAAGCCUCCUCCGUCUUCCAACAGACCGCAGACGGGCGGCUCCUCAGCUCCUCCACCUCCGUACAGACCGCACGCAUUGGGCAACGUCUCCAACGGGGGGUCCGCCGUAGACGGGGGGGGCGGGGCUCCGGAGCUGCCACAGAGGCACAACUCGCUGCACAAAAAACACACAUCGGGAGGGGGCAGCCAAGGACGCAGCCAGGCUCCUCCACCCCCUCCCUCUCCGUCUCCAUCCGCGUCCUCCCAGCAGGCCGGCAGACCACCACCACCCGCCAGAGAGCCACCUGGACGCAGAACAGCGCCCCAGGUGCCCCCCUCCGGGUCUCGUAAUGGCAGUCGGGACGCCCCCCCUCCCCCGCCCCCCUACCGCGGCCACAGCUCUGCGGUGUCAGAGUCCCUCACCCGAGUGGGUAAACCGCCUCCACCUCUCUCCUCCUCUUCCUCCUCCGUCUCGUCAACCUCCUCCACCCGAACUCCGGCUGGACCUCCUCCACCGCCCCCGCCGAUCCGGAACGGCCACUCCUCCAUCUCCUCCUCCAAGUCCCUUGUAGAUUAUUUUAAAUCCUAG